GUCAUUACUGUCGUAGUUGACUCUCUUCGAGCUUCAGCCUUCUUUCUCUGCUUCGUUUUCCACUGUUUCUUUCUCUUCGAUCCCUCUAAGUUGAUGAAUGCAGCUUUUGACUAGUAUAGAAGUUAUUGAUAUCCUGUGGGAAAUGGAUCCAUAGACAUGAGAAUUUCACCGGAGCAAUGGCUGGGAAUGCAAGAUUUGAAUUGACCUCGGCCAGCCCGGACUCUGGUUUUGCUGGUAACUUCCAGAAUGGGCAAAGGGGUUAUUCUGCCUCCUCUUUGGAUCGGUCGACAAGUUUCAGAGAUGGAAUCGAGGGAAGAAACUUUUCUUCUGGGAAGGCAAAUUCUAGAGGGAGUGCAACAUCUUCAGGAGAUGCAAGUACAUUAUCUCAAUGUCUGACGUCAGAUCCAUUUGAUAUUGAUCAAAGCCAUGCACAAUUUAGUGAUGUAAGGAGGGUUCUCGGAUUUGUUGGCAGUAGUUCAGAAGAUAACUCAUUUGGUAGUGCUCAUAUAAAGAAUCCAUCUCCCACUGCCCUUGAGGAAUUGAAGCGAUUGAGAGCAAGCGUUGCUGAUUCUCGUCUUAAAGCCAGUUCUAGAGCAAAAAAAUUGGAGGAACAUUUAAAUAAGUUAAACAAAUUUGAAACCAUGUCAUCUAAGAAGCAGCAUCAACGGAAUGACAUGCCAACGCAUGAACGGUCUAGUGGUUCAACCUUGAAGAUUGGAUCACUGAUGCAUCGGAGCACGGCGGAGUUUGGAAGUCAGAAAUUUGAUGAUCGGCCUAAGAAUGGUGGAUUGAAUAAGCGCUUACGGACAUCAGUGGCAGAAACCAGGGCUGAAUGCAGAAAUAAUGGAGUACUACGUCAGCCUUUGACAAUGACAAAAGAAAGAGAUCUGAUUAAGGACCGCAAUGGGGAUUCUGAGAUGGGUGAGGAAAAGAUAAGGAGGUUACCUGCUGGUGGAGAAAGUUGGGAUAAGAAAAUGAAAAGGAAACGCACAUUUGGUACAGCCUUUCCGAGAUCUAUUGACAAUGAUGGGGAGCUGAAGAGGACCAUGCAUCCUAAGCUCAAUAGCGAAUCUAGCCUACAGUCCAGUGAUUCCACACAAAGUUUUAGGUCAGGAGCUUCUGGUGGCACCAACAAAUUAGAUUCAAUGUCACAGCCUGCUGGUUCUAGUGGCCGUGCUACCUUUAAGAAUGAACAAGAGAAAUCAAUGCUCUCAAGGGAUGGCACUGUUGGACCAAUCAAGGAGCGGACUCUAGGAAAAUUAAAUGUUAGUGCUGGGUUUUCUUCUAGGAUAAACAAUCGUGAGGAAAAUCAUUCCAUUUGUCCUAGCCCUAUACUAAAAGGGAAGGCAUCCAGGACGCCACGAAAUGGCUCUAUGGUUGCAGCUAAUUCAACUUCUACCACCCCUCGUGUGUCUGGAACUCUAGAGAGCUGGGAACAGCCCCAGGCUCUUAACAGAACCCCAACAAUUAGUGGAGCUAACAAUCGGAAGCGUCCUAUGCCUGCAGGGUCAUCAUCUCCCCCUAUAACUCAAUGGGGUGGUCAGAGACCACAGAAGAGUUCUCGAACGAGAAGGACAAAUCUUAUUCCAGUCCCAAACCUUGAUGAUGUCCAGAUGCAAGCUGAAGGAGGCUCACCUUCUGAUUUCAGUCCCCGGUUGAGCACCGGUACCACUAGUGUUUCUUUUCCCACCAAGAGUUCAGGCAGUGGGAACCAGAACUCUAAAGCAAAGGCUGAAAAUGUUUCAUCUCCUGCAAGGCUGUCUGAAAGUGAAGAAUCGGGUGCUGGCCAGUUUAGAAUGAAAGAGAAGGGCAUAGGUAAUGCAGAUGUUGAUGAAAAGGAUGGAAGUGCAGGUCCAAACAUUGGGACUUCUACAAUACCUAUGAAAAAGAAUAAAAUCAUGGUAAAAGAAGAAAUCGGUGAUGGAGUGAGGAGACAAGGGCGUAGUGGAAGGAUCUCACCAUUUUCUAGGGGUAGCAUUUCCUCAACGCGAGAGAAGUUAGAUAUUGUGCCACCGAGCAAACCUCUGCGAAAUGCAAGGUCUGGUUCUGACAAGAAUGGAAGCAAGUCAGGUCGCCCUUUGAAGAAGCAAUCAGAUCGUAAAGGUGUCUCUCGUCUUGGCCAUGGGGGUUCCCCUGAUUGUAGUGGGGAAUCAGAGGAUGACCAUGAAGAACUUCUAGCAGCUGCUAAACUCGCUUGGAAUUCUAGUGUUAAUGCAUGCUCAAGUGCAUUUUGGAAAACAGUUGAGUCCUUGUUUGCUUCUAUUGGCCCUGAUGAAAAGUCAUACUUAUCUGAUCAGCUCAAAUUGGCUGAAGAAUCUUAUACAAAUUCUCAUCAGAACUCUAGCCAUGGGAAUCAUGUACAGGAUGAAUCUGGACAUGAGCAAAUUGCGGCUCCUGAAUCUAUUUCUUUUGGAAGAUAUAGACACAUGAACAAUGGCACCAGUUUGAAGACUUCUUCAGAUAGGAGACCAUCAGUUGAACAAUCACAGGAUUCAUCUGUAUUUGAUUGCUCUGACAAAGAAAAAUCUUAUGAAAUAGUGACUCCACUUUAUCAAAGGGUACUAUCAGCUCUGAUUGAAGAAGAUGAAAUUGAAGAAUCUGAAGAAACUGGAUUUGGGAUGCCAAUUGUUUCAGUUACUGAUCCAUGUCUCCUUAUAGGUGCUGAUAGCAAACAUAUCAAUCAACGGGACCUUUGUGAGCCAUUGUUUGGUGUUCAAACUCCAAAAAAUGGCAAUCACAUAUUUUUUUCUUGUAAUGGAAACACCGACUUCACUAUGGGCCAUGGUUCCGGAGACCACCUAUCUAAUGGUGACCUGCAUCAAAGAGACGGUGGAUAUGUGCACUCUGAGGUUGAAGUUUUGGUCAGACUUUCAAGGUGUGAUUAUGUUCCUGAAGGUCCUCAGACAAAAUAUUGUGGUAUUGCUUCUUUCCAUCACCAGUAUGAACAGAUGUCUUUUGAAGAGAAGCUAGUGCUAGAACUGCAGAGUAUAGGCCUCUUCGUGGAAGCUGCGCCUGCUUUGGGUGAUAAAGAUGAUGAAGUGAUUAAUGAGGAAAUUGUUCAGUUAGAGAAGGGACUUCAUGAACAGAUUGGGCAGAAGAAGUCUUACUUGGAUAAAAUAAGCAAGUCCAUUGAAGAAGGCAAGGAUAUUGGAAGAAGGGACCCUGAGCAGGUUGCAAUGGAAAAACUUGUUGAGUUGGCAUACAAGAAACUUUUGGCAACUAGAGGAAGCUUUGCUACAAAACAUGGGAUACCUAAGGUAUCAAAACAAGUUGCUUUGGCUUUUGCAAGGAGGACGCUUGCCAGGUGUCAAAAGUUUCAAGAUUCAGGGGCAAGUUGCUUUUCCGAUCCUGCACUCCGGGAUGUCAUAUUUGCAACACCGCCUCGGUUUAAUGAAACAGAGCUGCUCAAUGGUGGCAGUCUGGCAGUUGCUAAUGAUGGCACGUCUGCUCAUCAAUCUGAUCACUCUUUUGCUAAAAAUGGGCCGAUAUCAAAUAGAGCAAAGAGAAGGGAGCUACUGCUUGAUGAUGUUGGCGGUGCUGUAUUUAGAGCCUCAUCGGCUCUAGGAAUAGCCGAUGGUGCAAAGGGAAAGAGAAGUGAAAGAGACAGAAACACUAAGGCCGGACGGUCAUCCAUGGGCGGUGGCUCAAAGGGCGAGCGCAAAGCAAAAUCAAAGCCCAAACAGAAAACGGCUCAGCUCUCUACUUCAGCCAACAGCUUCAUCUACAAAUUCCCAGACGCCUCGAAUCCCAGUGCUCUCGAAUCUCCGAACGUCAACAGGAGAAAGGAUGUCAGAUUCAUGUCUUCUGUUAAUGCUCCUCCAGUUUCUUCAAAUGAAGGGAAAGAAUCCAUGGAAUUCGCCGACUUGCCAAUGAACGACAUCGUCGGGGAAUUGGGCGUGGAUCCCGAGAUCGGUGAACCGCAGGAUCUGAAUAGUUGGUUGAAUUUUGACAUGGAUGAUGGUUUACAAGAAGACAAUGACUCCAUUGUUGGGCUUGACAUACCUAUGGAUGACCUUGCGGAACUGAAUAUGUUUUGACAUCACUACAUAUUCUUGUACAGCUUGUGGAUAUUUUAACUAGUUAAAGAUUUCUUUUUUUCUUUUUUUUUUCUUUUUUUGGUGGGUGGGAGAGAGGGGAGGGUUGUACUGCCUCCAUAAUAUGUGAGUCUUUUGCCAAAUGGCAGUUGUAAUUAUGUGAUUUUUUUUUCUUUUUUUCAUUAUUGGGAAAUUUUUCUAGGAAACACUUGUAAUUGAUUUGUUGCAAAUACUCUAUCCUUAGUGAGUAUGACAAGUAUAUCCAAUGUUUUUCUUUUA